UUCUCAUACGUGUACAGGAGCUUCCUUGGCUUAGUACUAUGAAGAUUCAUGCAAUGUAGAUAAACUAUUUUGCGAACGAUAAAUUAGUAAAAAGAAAGAACUGCGACCUAUUUUAAGGUACUAAUCACUUGCCUGCAGUGACUGACUAAAACUCCGAAAAUACUUUGUCAAGAUAGUCGCUUUCUGGACCUACAUUCGAAUCUGGAACAUCUCAAAUACGAAGCUGGGAUGUUAACAGUUCCUCAGUGAUACUUGUAGUUUAUUUACAUUUGCAGUAAGCUAAAUUUCUACCCACAGUUUACUUUUUAAUAUGCCUUGCUAUUGCCAUGUUACAUUGUGUCGAAUUGUGCUGCUCCGUUUUGCUCGUACGUUUACUCAACACCAGCAUGGAGCUUGGGCUUUCAGAAAAAGUUCUACGAUAUGAAAGCUUCGUGAAUGAUGUUCUGAAGGAAGAUCUGAAAAAGGUUCAUUCAAGAUAUGAAGAACUGAAUAAUGAGAUUGCAGAAUACAUACAGCUAAAAAAUUUUAUCCAAAGUGUUCCAGAUGUUGGCCUGUCAUCAGAUGGACUUAAAACAAAAAUGGAUCUAGGAUGCAACUUCUACAUCCAAGCAAAUAUUUCAGAUACUUCAACUAUUUUAGUUGCUAUAGGUUUGGGUCACUAUAUUGAAUUCACAAUGGAAGAAGCACUUAAAUUUGUUGAGAAGCGAGUGAAUCUCUUAACUCUACAAACUGAAAAACUUAAAAAGGAUAGUGCUAAAACCAAAGCUAUGAUAAAACUUGUACUAGGAGGGCUGCACCAGCUGCAGUCUUCUUCAAGAUCAAGCAGACUGAAGUGAACACAGAUAACAAUGUGUUUUAAUCAGUAAUGAAAGUGGAUUUUGCAAGAUAGCAAGCAAAGUUUCUUUGCAUUAUUGUUCAUUAGUUUGAUUAGUUCAUUCCUUUCAUCAAGAGCCAGACAGGCCAGUAUUACACUGUAAACACUUGAGUUUUUUUUCUGAGGUUACUUUUUGUCAUCAUUUCAGCAAUCUGUUAUAAAUUGCAAUUUUUGCUACAUAUGAAAACCAUUUGUAUUCAAGAUUCUGUAAAAUGAAAAUUGUGAAUGCUAGCAUGUUGUAUUUGUGUGAAAGUGCUUAAAAGUGGCUUUCAUAUCAAACAAAGUUAUGAAUAUACAUUAUGAAGCAAAAUAAAAGUUUGCAAAUACAUAUUUCCAAAAAAUUUUGAGGUUAAUUUUUUUUUAAUUACACAAAUCAAUGGAAAUUGUUGUCAUGAAACAUUAUGUGACAUUGCAGUACUGUUACAAAUUUAGAGUGGCAAUAUUUCACAUGUACAACAAGAACAGAGUACAUACUGUAUGUGAACAAAAUUAUUGUUUUUUUCUAUGUAUGCAUUCUCUUCCCAUUGUGUCACUGAUAUUGAUAUCUAAAUAUCCUUGUGUGCACAUUUAACACAUACAU